AUGUCCGCGGACGAGUACGAGUACCAGAGGAUGCGUGCCGAGCUGCUCGGGCUGCCUCCUCCCGAGAGGAAGCCGGACCCGCCGGCGCAGGGAACCGCGGAGCACGCUGACGAGGAAGCGAACCCGGCAAUCGACGAGCAAGUGCUCGAUGUUGAAGAUGAGCAGAUGAAGAACAUAACAGGAGGCCUGGAUGAACUAAACAGUAUUCUCACUGUCACUCAAAAGAAACUGAACAAGUUUAAGGUCGUGUGUGGCAGCCUAACGAAUCUGCUGAAAAUAAGAAUUGGCAAGGAAGAUGGCAGCUCGAGCGCUUGCAGCACAGACUGUAGCAGAUCUCUGGGCUCUGGUGCUGAGGCAGAAAGGAAACAGGACGAGCAACAGGAUGCAGAAGCAGAGAAGGAACAGAGUCCUGUAGUGAACAGUCCAGAAAAAGAAGAGAAAUCUGUAACAUCACAGAGAGCACUGAAUUUAGCUGAUAAAAUAACUUCACAGACAGAUCGUUUGGAUGCAAUGAUCAUGAAAGCUGAGCAGGCAGAAAUGAGCAUGUCCCACCAGAACAAGCAAAUGCGAUCUUUUCUCAGAUAAUAAUUUAUCAUUCUAGUGGAUACCC